GUGGGUUAAGUUAAGACCCUCAACCGUAUUUAACAUGUCUGCUUGACAUUUCUAGAGAGAGAAACCCACAAGGUUUUAGAGCGAGAAACCGCGUUAGAAAGUCAAGGAUCCAUCACUUGUUCAUCCUUCAACCGCAAAAUUCACAACAAAUUCAAGAUUGGAAUAAAUAAAUAAAUGUCGUUUCGUAGCAUAGUUCGUGAUCUUAGAGAUGGAAUUGGGAGCUUAUCUAGGCGCGGUUUUGAAGUGAGGCUUUCGAGUCUUGACAAAAGUAAAUCACAAAGUGCGGCUCAUGAGUUUGAUGAUCACCCGGAUUUCGUAAUUAAUAGCCCGUGGGUUGGUCUUCCACCUGAACUGUUGAGUGACGUGAUUAAGAGGUUAGAGGCUAGUGAGAGUAGUUGGCCUGCUCGUAAGCAUGUUGUUGCGUGUGCGUCGGUUUGUAGGUCGUGGAGAGAAAUGUGCAAAGAAAUUGUUAGCUCCCCUGAAUCGUCGGGGAAGAUCACAUUUCCAAUCUCACUCAAACAGCCGGGGCCUCGGGAUCCCACCAUUCAGUGCUUUAUUAAGAGAGAUAAAUCGAAUUCGACGUAUUAUCUAUAUCUUUGUCUUAGCAGUGCAUUGACAGUGGAGAAUGGUAAAUUUCUUCUAUCAGCCAAACGGAAUAGGAGAAGUACAUGUACAGAGUAUAUUAUUUCAAUGAAUGCAGAUAACAUAUCCAGGUCAAAUAGCGGUUACAUUGGAAAAGUCAGAUCGAAUUUCCUUGGCACAAAGUUCAUAAUUUAUGACUCCCAACCGCCACAUGGCGCCGUAGCUCCACCGGUUCGGUUAGGUUCAAGUCGCCGUUUUUCUAGAAAAGUUUCACCAAAAGUUCCUAUGGGAAGCUACAACAUAGCCCAAAUUGCAUACGAGCUAAACGUAUUGGGCACUCGGGGCCCACGCAGGAUGCAGUGUGUGAUGAACUCCAUCCCCAUGUCCGCCCUAGAACCUGGCGGCACCACCAUCCCCGACCACCCUAAUCUCAUCCCACCUUCCUUUGAAGACUCGUUUAGAAGCAUCUCAUUCUCCAAAAGAUUUGACAACUCAAGCGAGUUCGGUAGCUCACGUUUUCUCGACAUGACAGAUCAGUCCAUAAGCACAAACGAACCACAAAACGGACAGAAAAACAUGCCUUUAAUCUUAAAAAACAAACAGCCACGCUGGCACGAACAAUUGCAAUGUUGGUGCUUGAAUUUCAAAGGACGGGUAACAGUUGCAUCCGUGAAGAAUUUCCAGUUGAUAGCCGCCAUCCCCCCUCAGGUGGCAGUGGAUCCUCCACAACCGCCACAAACCACCCAAGCCCUGCCGCCGUCGUCUCAUGACAAGGUGAUUUUGCAGUUUGGUAAGGUCGGAAAAGACAUAUUUACAAUGGAUUAUAGGUACCCUUUAUCUGCAUUUCAAGCUUUUGCCAUAUGCUUGAGCAGCUUCGACACAAAACUGGCUUGUGAAUAAUUAAAAGGUCUGAUUAUUCGUGUUAGCAGUCGUUUUUCAUUCUAAAUUUGUAAUUCUAUUUUAGUGUUGGAUUUUUAAGCAACAUUAUCUAGAAAGUGAUCUCGGUGCAUCAGUAUUGCGUGGUUUUGACAAUGUCUUUCUAGCGAUCCUGGUGCACCGAGAUUCUCAUGGUUGUACUGCGCCUUUUGAGUAUGUUUAAGAAUUUCUCAAUUCCUAUUUAUAAUUUCUGUUGUUUAAAAGAACACAAAACUGGCUCCUGAAUAAUUAAAGUGGAACUUUUUAUUCUC